AUGAGACUUGGACGUCUUAUUAGAGGUGGAAUUAAAGGACCGGGAUUAUUUUUUAUCAUGCCUUGCAUUGAUACAUUUCAUGUUGUGGAUUUACGGGUUUUAUCAUUUGACGUACCGGCACAAGAAAUUCUCAGUCGUGAUUCGGUAACAGUAUCCGUUGAGGCAGUAAUUUAUUUCCGGAUUAAUAAUCCGGUAAUAUCGGUAACAAAUGUAAAUGAUGCACAAUUUAGUACGAAACUUUUGGCUCAAACAACACUUCGAAAUGUGCUUGGUACUCGAACACUUAGUGAAAUGCUUAGUGGACGAGAUAACAUAGCUAAUGUAAUUGAAAAAGUUUUAGCAGAAGGAACUGAACCAUGGGGUGUUCAUGUACAACGUGUUGAAAUUAAAGAUAUACGUUUACCUUAUCAAUUAAUGAAAUCAAUGGCUGCUGAAGCAGGAGCAGCUCGUGAUGCUCGUUCACUUAUCAUUCUUGCUGAUGGUGAACGUAAAGCAUCUUCAUCAUUAGCUGAAGCUGCAUCAACAAUUGGCUCAAGUUCUGUAUCAUUACAACUUCGAUAUUUGCAAACAUUGACAAAUGUCGCAUCGGAACAUAAUUCCACCAUUGUUAUACCAAUACCUAUUGAAAUUGCAAGGUAUUAUGCUAAAAAAUGGUACAAAAUUACAGCUAAAAAUUCAUAA